AUGUAUUUACAUGUGAUUUCUGCUCGCUUUCUGACUCAUGUUCUUCAUUUACUUGCUAUUGCACUGUGUUUUUGGAGUUGGGAGCGUAAUGCCUAUUCAUGUCGAGAUGAUGGAUCAUUCAAUUCUUAUCGAAAUCAAUUAUUUGCUGCACAUUCAUUAUCAAUUAUAUUUUGUGUAUUAGAAUUAGUACCAUUAAUACUUGGAAUAACAUCGAUAAAUUUUGCUCGUUCAUUUCUUGCAAUAAUAGUACAUUUAUCUGCUGCUAUUGGUCUCGUAUUUUUUCUUCUGCAACAUCAAUGUGCUUUACGUAUUUGGCCAAUAUUUGCUUUAUGUAGUUGUGUACCAAUAUUUAUUGAAUAUUCAGCAGCUAUUUAUAAAAUUGUCCGUCAACGUGUAUAA